UCAUGUGCAGGUCAUCAUCAUGUGGGGAUGACAGGGACAUUGAAGCGUCAGAGGAGGAGGCCGGACACCGUGCAGGUGGCUGGGUCUAGGUUGCCAGACUGCUCACACGCUUGUGGCUCAUGCUCCCCAUGCCGUCUUGUGAUGGUUAGCUUUGUGUGUGCAACGCUGGAAGAGGCUGAGACAUGUCCAAUGGCUUAUAAGUGCAUGUGCAACAAUAAGUCCUACCCUGUCCCAUGAUCAGCCUCUCUCCUACACUUAUUUUACGCAUUCAACCGUUUUGUUUUCCUUUUUUCUUCUCCGGGUACAUGAGAUGUGU